UGCUGGCGUAGCUAUCAGUUGGUCUUCAACUUUUGUUUGAAUAACAUGUGGGACAUUUCGUGGUCUGCUAGUUGGAGUUCAUCGUCACUGGCCAUGACGACGGCCCUGGCCGGAUUGCUGGGCGGUUAUUAUUGGGUGUGGAGUCGUUCCCGUUUUGUCCGUCUCAUCGACGCUCUGCCCGGACCGAAACCGCUUCCUUUGCUGGGCAACAUCCUCCACCUUGCGAAUUUUUCUCUCGAUGAUGUGAAGUACGAGCCUAUUUACCGGAUUUGGAUCAGCUACUAUCCGGCCGUUUUCAUGGCUCACUCUGAACUAUUCGAACCCAUUUUAUCGAACCCUAAACUCAUCAGUAGGCCACACGAAUAUGAAUAUCUCUUUCACGGUGAAAGCCUUGUUCUCUUUACAGAUGACGCGUGGAGAGAACGUCGUCGUAUGCUGAAUCCCGCGUUCAGUAUUCAAAUUCUCAACGGGUUCAUUGGCACUUUCAACGACUUCAGCAUCGACUGCGCUGCCAAAUUGGAAGAAAUGGUCGUAAACGUCCAAGACCAAGAAAUGGACUUGUUUCCAAUCAUGUCUAAACUGGCUUUAGAUAUUCUCUCUGAAACUUCCAUGGGACGGAAAACGUGGAGCGAAGAGGAAACGAUCAACUACGUCCAGGGCCUUGACGGAUUGGAGCACGUCUACACGCAACGCUCUUUCCACCAGCCGUGGCUCAGAAGCGAUUUCAUUUUCAAAUUGAGUCCACUUUACCGCCUGGAAAAGCGAUGCAUUUCCAUCACGAGGUCCUUAAUUGACAAGGUCAUUCAAAAUCGCCGUGAGCUGCAGAAGAAAAACGGUCAGGGCGAGUCGCUUGUUUCCAACAACAAUAACGAGGAAGAAGACGAGUACAGCCGACCAAAGAAGAGAUUGGCUUUCCUGGAUCUGCUAUUCCAAGCUGCCGAAGCAAAUCCGGAUCUGAACGACGAGGCGAUUCGAAAUGAAAUUUUUCUAUUCAUGUCGGCGGGGCUUGAUACAACGUCCUUGACUUUAAUUUGGUUCCUUUAUCUCAUCGCCAAACACCCCGAGCAGCAGAAAUUGGUGACGGAAGAAUUGGAUCUGAUUUUUGGCGAUUCCGAUCGGCCGGUGACGGCACAGGACUUGACUGAGCUCAAAUAUUUGGAGUGUUGCAUCAAGGAAACAUUGAGGUUGUAUCCGUCCAUUCCGCUCUUUUCGCGACGUUUAACGGAAGACGUCCAAGCAGGAGGAUACACUUUACCAAAGGGCCUAACAGUCAUAUUCAACAUUUACUCUGCUCAUCGGAAUCCGGAAGUUUAUCCCGAUCCGGAUGCAUUCAAGCCGGAGCGAUUCCUUCCGGAGAACAGCGUCGGCCGACAUCCGUACGCCUACGUUCCAUUUAGCGCUGGCGUCCGCAUUUGCAUCGGACACAGGUACGCCAUGCUGGAACUGAAAGUCUCUUUGGCCAAUUUACUGCGUCGACUCCGAUUUUCCAUCUCCGAUCCGUCGGCUCCGCUCGAAACUCCGUCCAUGCAACUAACGGCUAAACCCAAGAGUGGCCAAUGCAAUUUGAUUGUUUCAAAACGAGUCGUUUCAUAGGAAAUUACUAGUGAAUAAUGUCACUCGAAAUACAUGACACUAUUAAGUGUAGAUAUAAUUCCUAUAUCUUAUUUUAUCCCU